UUUGUGUGUGUGUGUACUGUGUCUUGCAACACAGGAGUGAACCUAUGUCGUCAAACAAGGAGAACACUUUUUAAUAGUUUCAGUGCUUGUUCAAUAUUUUUUUGGAACUUGGACAUACAGCAACGGAGGGGCCGGUGAGUACAUUAACUCACAUGGAGGUACAACAUGAUGGUCCUUCCAAUGGAACACUUUACCGCUACUAAGCUGCUGUCAUCAGCUGCAGCCCUGAAUUUUCCUUUCUCAGCUGCAGUUAAAUACAGCAUCCUUGGUUUGUCUGUCUCUCUUCUCCUGGUGGCACUGGGAAUUUUGGUCUGGCAGGCCUUCAGAUGCUUUCGAAGUCAACGCACCACACGCACUCUGCAUGAAGCAGGUCACCAACAAUUAGCGAAUGGUGAGUUGCUUUACGCAGAUGACGGAUCUCAAGCAUCAAGACAAUACAAAGGAAUCCCAACUAUUAAGGUGGAGGAUUUUGAUGUGGACGUCUCAUCUGAGUCCUCCUUGGGAUCCAGCCAGCCAGCAGCAGAUAAUAAAGGCAAUGGAUGGCUCCACUACUCUGUGUACUAUGACCAGCAGUACCGCCGGCUUGUGGUCACAGUCUUGGAGGUGGAGGGGCUUCAGCAACAAAACCAGAUCAGCAGCCUCCAGCUGUUUGUCCAACUAAAGCUUCUGUGGAAAGGAUCUGAUAAGAGGGAGCGUUGCAUCGAUGAUGGGGUUGAAGGGACACCUCCUCCUCUGUGCAAAGUGCUGCAGGAAUGGAGGACUCGCACUGUGAAAGGCACCUGUAACCCUUUGUUUGGAGACCAGUUCAGCUGUAUUCUGCAAGAUGAAAAGGAGCUGGAUCACAUUAACCUGAGGAUGGAGGUAAGAGACUAUGAUAAAUACUCAAGACACACAACAUUGGGAGAUGUGAGGACUUCUUUAGGACAAUUCAACAUUUCCUACCCUUUGGAGCUAAAGGGAAAGCUUCACACUCCCAAGAAGGAUCUUGUAGGAGAAGUGCUCUUGUCACUUAAGUUUCUCCCCAUCUCUCAAAGACUUGAGGUUGGAGUGUUAAAGGUCCAAACAGUCCAGAAGGAGCUACACUUGGGCACAGCUCUGUAUGCCAGGGUCAGCGUGCAGUGCAACAGCUACAAGCUGAAGUACCAGAAAACCUGCGCAAUGGAAUGUGGGGCAUUGACCGUUUUCAAUGAGGUUCUUGUAUUCCGCUUACCAGAUUUUGCUAUGCAAGAGUGUAAAAUUUUGGUCUCUGUUUUUGAGACUCACUCAAGUAGGAAACCCUCCAAACACCUGAUUGGACAGUUGACGGUGAAGAAGGACAAACAUUCAGAAGACAAGCACUGGAGUCUUAUGAUGUUCUCAGCCCACCAGCCAAUAGCAAGAUGGCAUGACCUACUUAUCUGAGUUAUGUCUAAACAACUUCUGGAUCCCUUUAUUACUUUUUUACAUUCAGCAGGUGGGGCUUAAACACACUUUUAUUUUACAACAAACUACUAUGACCACAUUUGUUCUUCCUAACAAUAUUCUCAACAUGGUCACAAUAUGGAAAGCCUUGUUUGUGCAGACAGUUCAAAAAUCUCAUGUUUUGGUGUUCAGUUAUUUUUAAAAAUGAAUAAAUGCUGUAGUCUAGUGGUCCCCAACCUUUUUUUAACUGCGGACCGGUCAACGCUUGAAAAUUUGUCCCACGGACCGGGGGGGGGGAUUUUUUUUUUUUUUUU